AUGCAAAAAGAAACUUCUUCUGUUAAUACUUCACAUCAACAAUAACAAUAACAAUAACAACAAAAUAAGGAGGAGAGUAAAUUAAAAAGUCUAUUGUAGGGCAGCUAUGAUUACAUUCAUAGGGAGACUGGCAAGAUGAUUUAGAAAAAACUCUAUAAGCGUGCAUUCUAGCUUUUAGAGAAAUUUUACAAUCAACGAAAGGACCUUGAAUUAGGAGAAAUGGUUAUGUUGAAUCGAAGGAUGAUUAAUUGCAUCAACAAAAUACUCAAGUAAGGAUUGCUUAAGCCUGAUAUUGAAUAAGACAGGCCAGAGAUUAUGCUCCAGAAAUUUCAUAGGGGAAGCCAAGCUAUUUUUGAGUUAUACAAAUACAUUAAUCUGUAUAUUUAAAAAGUUAUACCGAACGAAAUGAAGGGAGUUGUUUUGGAGGAAGUGUCUCAUUUGACAAGCUCUGAUGAGGAAGGGGAAGAGAGAAUAAAGGAACACGAAGUUACAGUACUCUUUUAUAAGAUCAACGAAUACGAUAAGCCCAAAAAGGAGAGAAGUAAAAAGUAAGUUAAGGAGUUAAUGAACCCUUAUGAACAAGAGAUUUCAGAAACCAGUCGAAUUGCAAAUAUGAUUGUAAAAACCGUCAAACCUUUGAAUAUUCAAUUUGAAUUGGAUCAGUACUUUUACAAUUUGAUUGAACUUCAAUUAAUGGCCAAUUUAAUUUUCAAGAAAGCAAACAAACCAAAAGUGGCCUAUUAUUAUUUGGUGGAAGCUCAAAGAAUUGCCAAGCAGAUUAUUGACACUCCCAAUCCUAAUUUAGUCAAUGCAUGUGCCAGGGUAAAGAUGCAUUUGGCCAAUUACUUGUACGAAAUAAGUGAAUAUAAAGAGUCAUUAAGAGUUGCAGAGGAAGCCAUAGUAAUCUUAUGUGGGGAGAUGAGAAUAAGGAUUAAUUAGGAAAAGUUCGUAUAGAAGAAAAACAAAUAGAGGGAGAGAAGAAGAAUGAAAAGAUGUGUGAUAACAACACUGUCAGCAUUAAUCAUUAUGAUGUGUAAUUAUGAAGCAGAAAAUAAUUAUCAUAGGAUUGUUGAAACCUUAACUACGGCCAGUUGGUUGGCUGACAAAUACAUUCAAGGGAUUGAUGAAUUCAAAAAAUACAUUAUUAAAUUGGCAAGUGAAGGCAAACAUAAAUUGGAACAGAAUCUAAAGGAUUUAGCAGAUUUGAGUUACAUAGCUGAGUCUAUUUUGGAUUCAGAAUUACAUAAGAUCAGAAAGAAUCAAAGAGAUUAGAGAGAGUAAUCAGAAUCUGAUUAUCUAAAGAAAUUCAAUAGUGACAUGUUUAAUCUCUUCUAAAUCAAAUCAUUGAACGAAUAGUUGCAUUUUAAGACUUAGGUAAAGGAAGAAUAGAAAAAAAAACAAUAAUUUGAUAAUAAAAUAAUUGAAUAAUCAUAACCUCAUGGCACUGAUGCUUCAAUCAAUAUUUUUGAUAGUGAUUCAAAUAGUAAAGAUAGCUUUUUUGAAGGCAGUUUCUUUGCUCCAUCUAUGGACAAUUUAUAAUUCGACUCGAAGUUGUUUGAAGAAAAAAGACCAUUAUCAACUUCCAGAAAGCCUAAUAAUAGAAAAAUAGUCAAACCCACCAGAUAGAAGGGUAAAUCUGUGGGUUUAAUUAAAAUUGGUCUAGAAAGACCAUAAGAUUAUAAGUCAAGGAUAUUGACAACCACUCAAUAUUUUAAUGAAUAUUAGAAACCAAAAGUAUAAGAAGAGAGGAAUGUAAGCAAUACAGGAGCUUUGUUAAAAAGACAAUUGGAAAAUCUAGAAUAUAGAGAACAUCCAGAUAGAGAUGAACAUCACAAGUAGGAUUUAGAUGUAUAUGUUAACAAAAUGGUAAAUGGAAAGAUUCAAUCCAAUGAGAUCAGAGAUUAUAAUGAUAUAUUAGGUCAAUUAUUCACUUUGAGAAAGAAGGAAGAUUUUGAUAAAAAAGAGUUUUAGUUUGGAAAAAGGAUGUUAAAUCUGAAAGCCAAAGAAGAGAUUAUGUUUUAUAAAGAAUCUUUUAAGACUCCUCCUGUAAAAGUUGAGAUUGAUACCAAAGUUAAAGAUCUUGCUCAUAUUAUAGAUGGUAAAAUUACUGCUGAAAAGGAUCUAAGAGACUUAAAAAGAAGAAAGAUUGAUAAAAUGGUUGCUGGCAAAAAAAUAGUUCAAACCAAUGUGAAUAUAGAUUUAAAGGAUCCAGAAGAAACUAAUUAUUUAAAAAAGGUCUUAGAAAAAAGCAAAAAGAAGAAACUUAAAGAUUUAAUCUAUAAGCAUAGGGAAUCAUUAGGAUUAGCUAAAUUCUUUGCCAAUUAAUUAAGAGAGAUGAGAGAAAAGGAAAGAAUUUUAAAACUCAAAUCAGCUUUAGAAAAAGAAUUAUCUUUAGAUGUUCCUGAUAAUUAGAGCCAAUAAUAGCAACAUGUAAAACAAAAGAAGAGUGUGAAAAUAGUUGUACAAUAAGGAGAUAAAUAAUAAACAUAACAAGUCUCUCUAUAACCCUCUUAAUUGCACCAAUCUCAAGUUGUGGCAGAGGAUCCAAAGAACUUAGGCCAAGUAUCUUUGAGUUAGCAGAAAUCAAAUUCAUAAACAAGCUUACCUAAAACCAUACUAAAGAGACAUAAGGAAGUUAAAAGUGUUAAGGAAAGUCCUUAAAUAAGUUAAACUGUGAUUUCUAUGGAUGCUUAAGGAACAGACUUAAUAUUAUAAUAAGAGAAGCUUUAGAAAGCAAAGAGAGUAAUAAAGGAUCAAGUUGAAAAGCAAUAGAAAAAGUCUCAUUAAGUUAUUGGAAUGAUAGUAGAUGCAGUUGAAAGGAAAAUGGAUAUUGAAAAUAAAGAGUUGAAGAAGAUGCUUUUUAAAUAGAAGGGGGGAUCCAAAUAAUAUGUUGAUGAUGAUGAGAGAACAUAUUUAAAAUUUAUGCCGAAAUUUGCAGAAAUGAGCAGAUCAACAUAUCUUAUGUAUAUCAAGAAGGAAUUAGCAGAAAAAUAAGUUAUCUCCUUAGAAGAUAUUGUAAGAGCUAAUUUGAAUAGAAAAAAUUAGCUAGCCGAUAUGGCUGCAUAAAUGUUUAAAGAUAUUGGAUCUCAUCCCUGA